GGUCUGCAGGCGCCACAGGCCUUAUCGGCGCGACGUCACCGGUGCCGAUAAGCCUGACGGGCACCUGAAGCCCGUAAAUCCAAGCCUGCCUCUUGGCUUACGCCUCUACCUGCACGAACACCUUACAAGCUGUGCCUAUCACCAACAUCUCCCUCUCCUCCAACCGUCCGCCGCGCUGCCGAACGCGACAGCCCGUCAAGUGGGAAUUCCCAGGGUUUCUGCCUGUCCAGCUCCACUGCGGGCGGCUCCCCCCAGUACACAUCAUCAACUUCAUAACAACUACGUGUCGAGAGCGCGAUCUCUUGGUUGCCUGUUUAUUUGUUUGUUCCUCUGCGUCUCCUCUCCGUCUCUUAGAAGAACGUACAUCGCCGUCGAAUACGAAUAUCCCUGGCACGACUUCUCCUGCUCUUAUCCCCAAUAUGGGCGAGCUCAUUGACUACCUCGUCCAGAACGACAAGAAUUUUAGAAGAGCCCGCCUCCCUGCCCUCUAUUCCGACUUUCGAUCCCAGCGCACCCUCAAUCCCGAUGGCUUUGCUGCCAAUGUCGCCGCCUGGAAGCGGGGAUUGUCCGAAGCCGCGCUCGCCGGUCACGCACCGUCCAAGUCCGCCACCCACAGCCGCCUCAUCCUCGACGUGGAGGACGACGCCCUCAUGCGCUCUCUCGAGACGAAGCAGUUCGGCCGCCCGCUGGCUCUCGGCACCGCGCUCCAGGACGCCGUCGCCAACGGAGAGAUGAUGCCAUUACAGCAAUUCCUCGCUGCCAAGGACAGCAUCUACAGCAAGUCGUGGGCGAACCUCCCGUGGUCCAUCGUGUCCUGGGGCUUACGCCAGGUCGGCAUCGGCGGCCCCGGCGACAGUCUACCUAAGGGCCAGUUCGUCGUGCUACAUAACCUCGAGGUCACCGCCAAAGCUUUUAACGAGGCUGCCGCGGACCGCACCUCGCCGUUUGAGCGAACAUUCUCGAAAACGCAUUUCCAGAAAACAUUUGGUGAUACCCUGCUAGAAAGGCAAAAACAAUCACAAGAACAACAACCACAACCGAUGUCCGAGCUCGACCUCGAAGUACUAGUACGGUUCCUGUCGCGGGAUAAGAACGUGCUCGUCACGGACGGGAACACGGUUCGGAUCGUCCGGGCCGCAGCCGCGGACGAGGCGCCCACUAUAACAGAGGAGGACGCGGCGGUAGCGUCGCUGAAGGAGUUGACAGAAGACCUAUCGCGGCAGGCAGAUGCGCUGACACGGCGGGUCGAGGACCUCCGCGCCGCGGCACUCGACGCGACGCGGCGCAAGAACCGGACGGCGGCGCUCGCGGCGCUGCGCUCCAAGAAGAUUGCCGAGGCGACGCUCGAGCGGCGGCACGCGACCCUCGCGCAGCUCGAGGACGUUGCGGCCAAGAUCGAGCAGGCGGCGGAUAGCGUGCAGGCGGUGCGCGUGCUGCGGGCGAGCGCGGGGGCGCUGCGCGGGCUCAACGCGCGGGUGGGCGGGGCCGACGCCGUCGCCGACGUGAUGGACGAGCUGCGCGCGCAGGUGGCCGAGGUGGACGAGGUGGGCGCGCUCAUCGCCGACGCGGGGCCGGCGGGCGCCGUCGACGAGGCCGAGGUCGACGACGAGUUCGAGGCGCUGCUCGCGCAGGAGCGGGCCCAAGAGGAGGCCGCGGCGAGGCGCGAGAGGGAGGCCGAGGAGGAGAGGCAGGCCGAGGAGACGAGGAACAGGCUCGCGCAGCUCGACCGCCUCCCGCCCGCGGCAGCGGCUCUCGUGCGCGAGGAGGACGGCCGGCCCAUCACGCCGGUCACGGCGGCGGCCGGGGAGCUCGAGGGCGUGCAUUUGGGCAAGUAAGGACGGGGUUAGAUAGAUUGAGCGGGAUAAAGGCCUGAGGAGACGGACAAGAAGAAUGAAUGGUUAAUCAUAAUGAAUACGCGUCACGGCGGCGACAGCAAUACCUACAGCAGGGAAAGCG